AAGCUAAAACCUAUCUAUAGCUUCCCUUCAAAACAAAAGGAAUAUUGUUCAUACAUAUCCUGAUAUCAUGACUCACACUGACAAUCCCAUGAUCUUUGUGGUUGGAAUUCUAGGUAACAUUGCCUCCUUCUUUUGCUUUAUAGCACCCAUAUCAAUAUUUUAUCGAAUUUGUAAGAAGAAAACAACGGAAGGUUUUCAAUCAUGUCCAUAUGUGGCUGCACUCUUCAGUGCAAUGCUUUGGAUAUUUUAUGCUUACAUCAAAACUGGUGAAAUGCUUAUCAUCACCAUCAAUGCAUUUGGUUGUUUGAUAGAAACAAUUUACCUUGUCAUCUAUAUCACUUACUGCCCAAAACAAGCUAGGAACUUCACGUUGAAGCUGAUUUGCUUGUUAAAUUUGGGGGGAAUUUGCUUGGUUAUUGUUCUAACGCAUCUUCUAGCAAAAGAACGAACAGCUCGAAUCGAACUUCUCGGAUGGAUUUGUGUAGUUCUCUCCACUAGUGUUUUUGCAGCACCUUUAAGUGUUAUUAGAGUGGUUAUUCGUACCAAAAGUGUAGAGUUUAUGCCUUUCACUCUUUCACUUCUCCUCACAAUAAGUGCAAUCACGUGGUUGAUUUAUGGUAUUCUCCUCAAAGACAUCUUUGUUACGCUUCCAAACAUUGUGGGAAUCACAUUUGGAAUGAUUCAGAUGGUUCUGUAUGGAAUAUACAGAAAGAACAAGCCUGUAAACGAUGAAAAGCUACCCGAACACAAAGAUGAGAUGAAUCAGCUGCAGAUAGUAGUGAUCACUCAUGAAAACGUUGAUAAUGUUGAAACAGGAGAGAAUAAGGAAGAGAAGGAAAAGAAAGAGAAACAUGAACAGGCAGGAUCAAAGGAAGGGGUUGAAGAACAACCACAGAAAGAGGGUUGAGAAGUUUAAUGUCUCUAUGCUCCCAUGAGUGUUGCUCAAGUCAUGUAAAAUCGUAAUAUAUGGAGGGUGGAGAUGUCAAUUUAUAUACAUAAACAUAUUGAUAAAUUAUGGCAUGGUUAGUUCUAUAUAUGUAAUUUUUGUUUUGUUUUAUGUCAUUUAUGCAUCGAAAUAUAAAGUUCAUACAAAUUAUAUAUAGAUCGUAUUACAUAGAG